UCGUGAACGGUGGGUUUUAUAUCGUUAUGCUGUCACAUCGUUCAGCGCAGUUAUGAACGCGUGCGUUGCACUUUCGGUGGCCGUCUCGUUGGCGGUAUUAGCGGUGUCGCUGACCGAUCAGGCGGACGGUCGCGUGAAAAGAAGCGCAGCACCACCAUGGGCGUCGAGCAAUUGGUCCUCGAAUCGCGGCCAUAAUAAAUUCACGGAUCAGGAUACAAACGGCAAGAGAGGUCCUCCGGGUGGUGUGCCCCCAGGAUUAGCAGGAAACCACCCUCCGGGAUUAAGUGGUGGCGGUCCGCCGGGGUUAAGCGGUAAACCGGGAAAAGGGCAAGGAAAACCGAAUUUCGAAGAUGACGAUGACAGGCCUACGACGGACGACAGGCCGAAUAAUGGGGGUGCACGGCCGAGCACGGAUGACAGGAUAAACGUUGACGAAGAAGAGAACAACGCGAAUACACGACCGAACCAAAACCAGGGAACGAAGUGCAGGAAAAACGAGUUCCGUUGUGGGAGCAGCGAAUGUUUGCCCGGGUCCGUGAGGUGCGACAACAAAUUCGAUUGCCGUGAUUCGAGCGACGAGCACGGCUGCGUCACAAAACCGGAGAACGAAGCCGGCUGCGUCCUUCCUGAACAGCCUAAAGGUGGAAGCUACGAACUGGGCGGUUGCGGUAAGCCCUGUCCCAAGCAUCCAGGAGAUAAAGUUCCUAGCAACAGCCUUCUGACCUAUACAUGUCGGGACAAUUACAUUUUGAACGGAAGCACCGUUUCCGUUUGCGUCAACGACGUCUGGUAUAACCAGCCAUCUUGUCUGAGUACGUGUCCUGCGUUGAGCAGUACGUCGGUGAAUAUUGUAUGCACUUACCAUGGGGAGGAGGUAUCUUGCACGGAACGAAUUAAGCCAGGAACUGUGGCGACUUUGUCUUGUAAAUCGUCCUAUAAUUUACCCGUAACGAAUGAUCCAGCGUAUCGCAAACUCACUUGUCUCGAAGAUGGACUGUGGGACCGUCGACUUUUCCGCUGUCUCCCAGAGUGCGGGAUACCCAUUUCACAGGGUAACACGCUGGUCGUGAACGGAUUCGAGGCGAAGCUUGGCGUAUUUCCGUGGCACGUCGGUAUUUACAGGAAGCGAGCAGAAAACGGGUACGAGCAAAUUUGCGGUGGCACUCUCAUAAGCAACAAUCUCGUCGUAUCAGCCGCCCAUUGUUUCUACGACGAGAUCUACAAUAAAAUCCAAGAGAAAUCGAAGUACGCGGUGGCAGCGGGCAAGCAUUACCGCGAUUGGAAUGCCAUCGAGAAUUACGCGCAGAAGUCGGACGCGGCGGAGAUCUCGUUGCCGGAGAGGUACAUAGGUGCGAGGGCAAAUUUCGCCCAGGACAUAGCACUGAUAAAAUUGGCCAAUCCCUUCGAGCUAACAACGCUGGUGCGACCGAUCUGCGUCGACUGGGACAACGUCUACGAGCGAAGGCAACUGCAAGUGGGUCAAAGCGGAAAGUCGGUCGGAUGGGGUAAAACGAUUCACGGUGUGCCCAGCGAGAACCUGCAAGAAGUCACCAUGCCUUUCGUGCCCUACGACCAAUGUUUGAGCGCUGUACCCGAUGAUUUUCGUGGAUAUAUCACGUCCGACAAGUUCUGCGCUGGUCGAUUGAAUGGUUCGAGCCUCUGCGAAGGUGACAGCGGUGGCGGUCUCUGUUUCGAGAUGCAGGGAACCUGGUACUUACGCGGAAUCGUCAGCGUCAGUCCAGUCAAGGACGAUAAAUGUGAUUACCACUCGUACACGGUGUUCACCUCCACUGGUUACUUCCGAGAUUGGAUUCGCGCCGCUUACGUCAGCGCGUAAAUAACUUGUACAGUCCUACCUCUUUUUGUAAAUUCGCGGGGCGUCGAUGAAUGGACCAAGAAUAAUGGCGGCCGUCCUC